GAAGGGCAGGGAUCCCAUCUCGUCUCCUCGGCGCCUCCGCCUCGUGAGCUCCACUCGCCUACUCUACCCACCCCACUCCUCUCCAUCUCCGCCUCCGCGGCGGCCGCGAACCCUAACCCCUCCGCCCGCGGCGAUCCCGAUGGCCACCUCCCGCCGAUCUCUCCACGCCCUCCUCGGCGGCGGCGCAGUCGCGGACGUGCUGCUGUGGCGGCGGAGGAACGUCUCCGCGGCGGCUGUGGCGGGCGCCACGGCGGUGUGGUUCCUCUUCGAGCGCGCGGGCUACAGCUUGCCGUCGGUCAUGUCCAACGCCCUGCUCCUCCUCGUCGCCAUCCUCUUCUUCUGGGCCAAGUCCGCCUCGCUGCUCAACAGGCCUCUUCCGCCACUCCCUAAACUAGAGGUUUCAGAUGUAGUAGUUGAGAAAGCUGCAGAUAAGGCUCUUGUAUGGAUCAACAGGGUGUUAGCUGUUGGCCAUGAUAUUGCCAUCAAGAGAGAUAGGAAUGUUUUUAUAAAGGUUAUAUUGGUUUUAUGGGUGGUUUCAUACGUUGGGAUGCUCUUCAACUUCCUUACGCUCAUUUACAUUGGUGUAAUGUUUUCUCUGUUAGUUCCACCAUUGUAUGAGAAUUACCAGGAUCAUGUUGAUGAAAAGAUUGGUAUGGCACACAGUGUACUGUCAAGGCACUUAGAUACCAUCAUUAGCAAGACUGGACAAUCAACCAAGCAAAAGAAGACUGAGUAGCAGGAACCCCUUUGGCCGUAUGGUGUUGUCAGUCGCGAGUCUUAUCAGAUACUCUCCGUGCCUGUGAUUCUGUUAACCACCACUAAAAAUAUUCUUGGAUAUUUGACUGCUGAUGUGGGUUUGCAUGCAAACUGUUCAGUUUGAGAAACGGAACGCUUUGUAUAUUUUUUCGAGGAACAUGAAAGAUGCUGAGUUUAUCAUGGACAUAUAUCCUGUGGAUAAUGAUAUAUACCUUCCUGAAA